AUGUCGAGCUCGAAUGCGCAGGCAGGACUAUGGUCGUCGUUGCCGACGACAUUGACCCCAUGGAUCUUGGAUGUUAUUCAGGCCAUGGGGUUCACCCAGAUGACACCAGUGCAGGCCUCCACUAUACCUCUCUUUAUGCGGCACAAGGACGUCGUGGUAGAAGCCGUCACUGGUUCGGGAAAGACCAUAGCAUUUGUUAUCCCGAUCUUGGAGAAACUGAUACGGAGGGAGAGGAAAUUCAAGAAAAACCAGAUCGGCGCACUUGUCAUCAGCCCGACGAGAGAACUAGCAACACAGAUUCAUUCAGUGUUUUCUCUCUUCCUCUCUUCGCAACCUUCAUUACGUCGGCCGACCGCGGAUGAAGAUAUCUCUAUGGAUGAGUCCCAGCGCAAGUCUCCUCCCGAAGCAGAGUACCCACAGCCUCUCCUGCUGAUUUCCUCGGAGUCUGCACCAGCACAGGAUAUCGAGAAGUUCCUGUCUACGGGGGCCGAUAUUGUCAUCGGUACACCUGGUCGCAUAGAAGAAUUCUUGUUGGGGAAGGGAAAGGAUAUCGUCAAUGUGAAAGAUAUGGAAGUACUGGUCCUGGACGAAGCCGAUCGCUUGCUCGAUCUGGGCUUUCAAAACACUCUGAAUAGAAUUCUCACACAUCUACCCAAGCAGCGACGCACAGGACUUUUUAGUGCGACCAUGACAGAUGCUGAUGCGCUUUCGGAGUUGGUUCGUGUCGGUCUCAGGAAUCCGGCACGAAUCGUGGUCAAAGUACAGACAAAGAGAUCGAAAGUGAAAGGUGCAGAGAACAGUGGAGAGCAACAGAUUAAGGGCGAGAUAAUUGAAGAGAGACGUAUCCCUGCGACUUUGCAGAACUUUUGUCUGACUUGCCGAGCGUCAGAAAAGCUCCUACAACUUUCACGCAUCGUUGCUCAUGAGGUUCGACAAGAACAGUCAUCCCGUUUCAUAGUCUACUUCGCAACUUGUGCUUGCGUUGAAUAUUUCUAUCAUAUCUUACUCCCUUUCUUACCGCCGAACACGACGCUGCAUUCAUUGCACGGGCACCUUCCUCCAGCAGCGCGUACACGAACACUGACGAGCUUUGCCACUUCGUCGGCUAUGCCUUCUUCGCCUCAGAUUCUUUUGGCUACAGAUGUGGCAGCUCGCGGUCUUGAUCUUCCAAAUGUCGAUGUUGUAGUGCAGUUUGAUCCUCCGUCAGACACAAAGGCAUUUUCUCAUCGUUGCGGACGCACAGCGCGCGCAGGCCGUAGGGGGAGAGCGUGGGUCAUACUCGUGGGACGCGAACAGGAUUACGUGGACUUUUUAGCCGUUAGAAAGAUUCCUUUGGAGCAACGAAGGCCCUUCGCAGCCAGUGGUAAUUCGCCUGCUUCUGGUGGUUCUGAUAUUGAAUCAGAAGACGAGCAACUCCCCGUCGCAAUGUCUGAGAUCAGGAAGAAACUGCUCACUGAUCGCAGUCUACAUGACAAGGCUGCGAAGGCUUUCGUGUCGUUCGUCCGUGCAUAUUCCAAGCACGAGGCAUCCUACAUCUUCAGAGUCAAAGAUCUUGACCUGGUGGGCGUUGCCAAAUGUUUUGGAUUGCUUCGACUACCUCGAAUGCCAGAGCUCCAGCAAAUCACCCUAGAUGGAUGGGAGGAUGUGGAUGUUGAUUGGAGCUCGUACGCAUACAGUGACAGAGGGCGUGAAGCUAAGCGCGUUGCUGAGAAGCGCGGUGAUACUUUGGUGGAGUCCAACAGACGCAGGGAAGUACGUGCUGAGAAGCGUAAAGCGAAUACACCGUGGAGCAGUCAAACCGCGAGAAAAGAAGAGCGACAGAAGAGGAAAGACCAGAAGGAGCGCAAGAAGAAAUGGCUGAAGGCCCAUGACAGUGAUGUGGACCAAAAAUAUGCAAAGGGAGGCCUGGCAAUUCAGAAUCAUGAUGACGAGGAUGCCUGGGAUGAGUUAGCAAGAGAAGAGAGGAUGGCGAAGAAGGUGAAAAGGGGCGAUCUAAGUCAGGAUGUCUUUGACGAGGAGUUCUCUGGGUUAUGA